AUGAGGGGCGGCUCCUCCGGUGCCGCAAAGUUUGGCUGUGGCGGCAAAUGGGCUUGGGCGGCUCCUGAGCUGGCGGUGGCGGCUGAGGCCGUUCCUCGGAGCUCUGUGGAUGCCGCGACGGGAGCCCGAGACCAUGACUCCCUAGAGCGGUCGGGCAGGGGCGGGCUGGGGACGGGACCGGCCAUGUCGGAGGUGACCCGGAGCCUCCUGCAGCGCUGGGGCGCCAGCUUCAGGAGGGGUGCUGACUUCGACUCGUGGGGGCAGCUGGUGGAGGCGAUAGACGAGUACCAAAUAUUAGCAAGACAUCUUCAGAAAGAAGCUCAGGCUCAACACAACAAUUCAGAAUUCACAGAAGAGCAAAAGAAGACCAUUGGAAAAAUUGCAACUUGCUUGGAAUUACGAAGUGCAGCUUUACAGUCCACACAGUCUCAAGAUGAAUUUAAACUGGAGGACCUGAAAAAGCUAGAACCAAUCCUAAAGAAUAUUCUUACUUAUAAUAAGGAAUUCCCCUUUGAUGUUCAACCUGUCCCAUUAAGGAGAAUUCUAGCACCUGGUGAAGAAGAGAAUUUGGAAUUUGAGGAUGAUGAAGAGGAAGGUGGUGCUGGAGCAGGGUCUCCAGACUCUUUCCCUGCUAGAGUUCCAGGUACUUUAUUACCAAGGUUGCCAUCUGAACCAGGAAUGACAUUACUCACUAUCAAAAUUGAGAAAAUUGGUCUGAAAGAUGCUGGGCAGUGCAUUGAUCCCUAUAUUACAGUUAGUGUAAAGGAUCUGAAUGGCAUAGAUUUAACUCCUGUGCAAGAUACUCCUGUGGCUUCAAGAAAGGAGGAUACAUAUGUUCACUUUAAUGUGGAUAUUGAACUUCAGAAACACAUUGAGAAAUUAACGAAAGGUGCAGCUAUUUUCUUUGAAUUCAAACACUAUAAGCCUAAGAAAAGGUUUACCAGCACCAAGUGUUUUGCUUUCAUGGAGAUGGAUGAAAUUAAACCUGGGCCGAUUAUAAUAGAGCUAUACAAGAAACCCACUGACUUUAAAAGAAAGAAACUGCAGUUGUUGACCAAGAAACCACUUUAUCUUCACCUCCAUCAAACUUUGCACAAGGAAUGACCAUGGCAUGUAUAUCUUGAAACUUCUGUGAUCUGAAUCCCUCACUACAAAGUCAUGGUAGCUCUGUGUAGCACAGCUUCUAGGAACCCCUCCAUGCUAAUAAGAGAAAAGUGUGAUCUGUUUGUUCUACGAACUCAUCACAAAGAUGUUUACUGUCCCAGUCCAUCAAUGGAGACCAGAAGGACUGCAUUCAUUCAUAAAGAGCUCCUUUGGCACAUGUUUCUCCACAGAUUUUUGAAAUAGUCUUUGACCUAUGAGUGAUUUGUGUACAUGGUAAAGGUUAAGUUACAGUUUUAAAUCUACUUACUAUAGCAGUUAACAGUGGAGCAAGCAGGAACACUUGUUUACUGUGCAGGAUUUAUUCCCCUAAUUCACCUCUGUUCAUUGCCCUCCUUUGAGUCCAUGUAUUUAUUUCCAAAUCUUGCUUAUUGUAGGAGUCGUCAAAAAAUAUUUGCGAAGUUCCAGAAUUGGUAAACUUAAAAAGAGUUUCUGUCGGAGUGGCCUACCAUUCAUCCAAACCAGGUGAUUGAUUAUGGGAGGCUACAGAAGAAUUCAUAACUUUACCAUGAACAUAGUUGAAAUCUCAUAGUGGAGAGAGCUUUUUUCCCAGAUUUCAGCAGCCCACUCACCAAAUGACUUACGGUAAAAACUUAUUUGAAGAGCUGGAUUCUUUUUAGAUAUUUAAAGGAAUGGUCACCUAGGUUUUUUUUUUCUUAUUCAAAGAUCUUAAAGAGUAUCUAAAAAUAAUUUUGAUUUUGUGAUGGUAUUCAGCUACUAUGAUAUUGGUAAAAUAACUUUUUGUAUGGUUCUAAGCCGUCUAAUCCAAAAAUGUUUGAAUUCAAAUCAGUUCUCUAAAGAAACAUGCAGAAAUUUCUGCCAUGUUGGUUUAAAAAAAAAAAAAACUGAUUGUGAAUAGAAAAACCUGCAUACCUCUUCUAACAAUUAGUAUGCAAAUCUGGAAAGUUAUCCUAAAUUUUGUUUUUGAGAUAGAUAGCUAGGAUUACCAUUUAUUUUCUAUUCAGAUGUACUAAGUCAUCUAUAUGGAAAGAUGCAGGUCAUUAGCUUAUAUCUACAUAAUUUUUUUACUUAAUAAAGGGACAUAAAUAAAUAAAACCCAAGCAGACCUUUCAUAUACUUAAUAAGUGGGAUAUUUAAUACAUUCCUUUAAGGUCUGUUGUGUGCUUUAUGUGGAUUAUAUGUAGUAUGCACAUACUUUCAUAUGCACUUAUAUUAAUAGUUUAAAAAAAAAAAAUCCAGCACCGAGUGAAUGCAUUGUCAGUACUAGCUUUAUUUUUUGUUAUAUAAUCAGUUGUACCACUCAGCUCAUUUGCUUUCUGUAUCACGCAAUUCUUACCAGUUGCAUAACAAUUUUAGGUAAACUCCAACAAACAAAAUAAUUCACUUUAUCCCCCCUUCUUACUUUAAAAGGGAUAUAAUAUUUUGUUUUCAGCUUUCUGUUUAGGUUAGUUUUAUAUAUAAACCCCCAGUAGUCCAUGAUGAAAUCUUGCUCUCCUUUACUCACUCUUGAUUGGCUUAAUUCCAUUAGGGGGAGGGGAGACAAUUUUUUAUAUUCCUAUUAUUUAGGUUCAAAAGAGCUCUUGUAUUUUGAGCUAACAAAUUCCUUGAGUUAAAAUUCAAGGACAGCACAUCAUCUUUAAAUAAUGUCAAGUUCCCAUAGUUCUAUGAAGCCUGAAUAUUCAGUAAAUAUUUUAGUGAUUAAUUUUAGGUUUUGAUAAUCACUAAAAUUUUCUUUGCAUGAAAUGAAGUGUGACAGUUUAUAUAAAAAAGAAGUAACAUUUCUGCUUCACAUGUGUGAUUUAGAAGCACCAGUGCCUUAGGAAAACCAUUUGAAGAAGCCUAAGCUUAAGUCUAUUUCAGUUUUCUUCUAUAAGCAUUUGUUAUUGCAAAAACACCAACUAUUCACUUAAACUCUAUACCAUUUGGUAUCCCAAGUCUUUAGCAAUUUAUAAAGUCUUCCUUUAUGUGAUAGAUUUUUUUCACUAAUCUGAAGCAGUGAGCAAUAACUACUAUACUAUACAUUUGUCUUUCCAAGAUAAGAGGGCUGCUGAUUCACAAAUAAGAUGGCUUUGUGUAGUUGAAUGAGUUUUACAUAGUAGCACACUAGCAAGUGAGCAAAUGAAUAUGGUUGGAUGGGAUGACUACUAUAGUACAAUACAGUUAAUUUUGGGGGGAGUGCAAUCUAAUUUUUUUUAAAAAAUGAUUUGUGAUAUUUCUACAGUGAUACUCCAACCUAGGGGUUUUUUCUGGGGGGAAAAUGGUGCAACUAGCUGUAUGUGAUUUGAAAGUUUUAUGAUGUUUGUGGAUUGGUUCAUGUUAAGCCAGACUUGAGUUCUAAAUUUCAUUGCUAGGACCAUGAGUUUUCCUGAAGAGCAACAUACCAUAGAAAUUACUUAGGGGUAGAAGAGUUAUGGAAAGGGAAAGGGUUCUCAUUCUGAGUAAAUGAUUAGGUUGGAUUUAGCUUUGCUACUGUGAUUAUCUACCUAACUGGAAUCUGUAUCCAACUGGUGUUUACAACUUUUUGACUCAACAUUGUGUUACAUGUCUGGGUGUUCUAGGUGUUCAAAAGUUUGUGUUUGUGGAUCAAGUAAUAAAACUUGUUAUUUUACUAAUGUUUAAAACACAUGUCCUUUACUGUGAAAUAGGGAAUUAUUUUUUAAGAAAUUCUCCACUCAUGAUUUUUUAAAGGGCUGGAAUAUUGGUGUGUGGGAAGACAUGAAAAAAUCAAAGUUAUUCCUUUAUAUAAACUUUGAAAUGUGUCCCUUUUAAUUUUUCUCAAAUGACUUAUGAUAAUGUAAUGCCAUCAGCAUAACAGAUUAAUUUCAGUUUCCAAGGAACAAUCACUUCCUUACUAAAGCUUUUGCACCCUUUAUUCACAUUAAAAAAAAAAAUGGAGGCAAUGAGAAAUCAUACUAAUAUAAUUUGAAUCGUAGAACUUGAAGAGUGCACGUCUCAAAACAAAUAAUUUAACUUUCCACUUGAAAUAGCUUAGUUAUGGUUCUAAAUCUUAACCUAUAUAACAUGAAUUAGAAUUAGUAUGAUUUGAAGUACCUGAAAAAACUGUCUUUUACAGUUAUAUGAUAAUGUGGUAAUAUGUAACAAAAUGCUCAUUACUGUUUACAAGUUUCAUCAAUAAUGUAUUGAUGUAUUGAUCAUCAGCAAACAUGAUUUUUCCUGGGAUCCAUUGCUAUCACAUGGAGCCAAAAUUCAGCUCUAUUUAAAAUUUACAGUCAGGAUUCUUAGUGUCCCCCUCCUCCCCCUGAGUUAAUGCUACAUUAUCAGAAGGUCUGACAAUAUCUUUAGUUUCCUCCUCCCCUCCCCUAUUUACUAAUAUAAAGUUAACAACCAAAAUAAUCAUCACAGUCUAUGCACUGAAACAAUGCACUUUACUUAUAUACACAGGAGACUUCCCUCAGCUCAGAUCCUUACUCUUAAUUUCUUUAGCCAUCUCACUAAAUUUUUAUGUAAUAUGAUUUGUAAACAGUUAAGUGUGUGCUGACUAGAAGCAGGCAUAGAUAGAGAAAAUAAAGGAAAUAAAUUUAAAACAUUCAGAACUUGUGUAGGAACAGCUUGUUUUGCCCUCCAUCAGUAGCCCCUAAAAGAAAUCAGUCUAUGAUAGCACAAAAUACAAUGAUGAAUAAUAUUUCUAAUGAUACGUUUGUCAAGAAAUGGUUAAAUGUAUUAUAUUCCUUUUACCAAAGUAGGGGAGUAUGUGAUACAUUUUAGAAAGUAAGUUAAAAUUUAAAUGGGUGGGCUUCUGGGAAAAUUAAUUCACUCAUGUAGAACAACCUAACGCCCUCAACAAUGCUGGAGAAAUGGAAAUGUUCCUUCCUAUUUUGUUAUUCUAUUUAUUAUCUUUCAUGUAUAACAGACUGGUUUCUUUGGUUACCCGUGGAAUUUCUCAAAGCAUAUAGGAAUGUUCCAUAACUAGUUAGGUGUUAAGUUUCUUUUGGCUCUAAAUACUAUAAAAUGUUAAUACUGCAAAUUCUUGUUUCUUGCUUGGAUAGUGUGUCAUUUUUGAGAUCUACAUUUCAGCCAUGUUCCAAUGAACAAAAUAGUAAAAUAAAUUUGAUAACAUUUA